AUGGAUAAUGGUUCUGUAUUGACAUUUUUUACACUUUUAGGAUUAGAUUACACGGUGCAACACAGAAUCGUUCUCUUUGCUCUCACUUUUCUGUUUUACUCAGUCAUUUGGAUAGUAAAUGUUGUUCUCAUCAUAACCAUCGUUGUGGACGAAAAGCUUCAUGAGCCCAUGUAUAUCUUCCUGUGUAAUCUGUGUAUAAAUGGACUUUAUGGGACAGCAGGCUUUUACCCAAAAUUCCUCAUGGUUAUUCUGUCUCCCUCUCAUGUAAUCUCUUACGCUGGAUGUCUGCUGCAGAGUUUUGUGAUACACUCCUCAUCUGGAAGUGACUUAACAAUUCUAGCUGUUAUGGCCUAUGACAGGUAUGUGGCUAUAUGUCAACCUCUAAUGUACCACUCUGUGAUUACUAAACAACGGAUAUAUCUGUUAGUGGCCUUCUCUUGGAUCUUGCCUCUUUGCUGUAUGUUCACUAACACAAUGACAAUUUUUCAGUCCAAGUUAUGUGGCUCACACAUACCUAAACUGUACUGUUCAAACGCACUGAUUAGUAAAGUAGCUUGCUCUACCUCUGUAGCUAAUACUAUGAUUGCAUAUUUUAACAUUGCCAUUUACAUUCUCCAUUUUUUCUUUCUCAUUUGGUCUUAUAUGUAUCUAGUAAGAAGAUGCCUAACAUCCAAACAGAGCAGAAAGAAGUUUAUGCAAACAUGUGUUCCUCAUUUAGUCUCUUUAGUGAAUUUUUCCUUUGCUGUGCUGUUUGAUUUAAUGUACACACGAUUUGGUUCGAGAAAGUUAUCGCAGAGCCUUCAGAACUUCAUGGCAAUAGAAUUUCUUUUAAUUCCUCCAGUUAUGAAUCCUCUGGUGUAUGGGAUGAUAUUAACCAAAAUUCGUAAGAAACAGUAA